ACUCUUCUCUUCACCCUCUAAAAACUUUUAUCUUCUUCGCCUCCCCUCCGUACAUACAUCCUCGAGAACCAUAUAUAUAUAUAUAUAUAUAAUUAAUUCCAUAUAUCUACACAAGCUAUGGCUAAGUUCACAACCCUGUUCAUGAUAGCCCUCCUACUCUGUGCCACGCUAAGCUACGCCGCUCGCCCAGACCCCGUCUUCUUCUCUGCAUCCUCCGCUUCUCCUGUAAAAACCCAGUUUGAGGGUGUUGAAGGAGAAAUGGCGGAAGAAAGCUGUGAAGGGCUUGGAGAAGAAGAGUGUUUGAUGAGAAGAACUCUGGUUGCUCAUACUGAUUACAUAUAUACCCAGAAGCAGAAGCCUUGAGAGAUGAUUAUAUCUCUAGUAGUAUAUAUAUAUAUAUAUAUAUAUAUAUAUAUAUAAUCUUGCUAUAUACAUAAAUAUGUGUGAAAUACCUAUAAUUUAUCAGAAUAUUAACAUAAUUUUAUUCAA